CGCUGGCAUGUGCGGGUGGUGGUGACGUCUUUUGUGGUGAUGCCCUUCGUCAAGCAAGCAAGCGUGCAAGCAGGUUGGCAGGCAAGCAAGCUUUUCCUCGACCUCGUUCCAGUUCGCAGACUUCCCAUGCCCUCUUCCUAAGCACUGGCUCCCCUUCAAUUGUCUUGUCUCAUUCUCAAUCGUCCCCUAGGCCCAGAUAAUAAAGGGAAGUAAAAAAUGUCCACUCUCAAGGGCCUGUAUGGCAAACGCGACGAUGGCGGGGUCGAAUCCAACUACGGAGUAGACUAUGUCGUCCACCACAAGAUCCCAGCCGCGGAGCGCGAGGCUGCCGAGGCCGCCUUCAUCCAGCUCAUCACCGCUCUCACAAAGGUUGGCCUCGCCACAGAGGUCCGCCACGGUGAUGGCUCAGAUCUCCUCGUUUUUGUCAAGAUUGCAUCACCAGACUACCUAGCGAAACACGUCUACCGUGCCCGUCUGCAGGAUUGGCUCCAAGGCGUGCGCUCAAACAGCCCCAACAAGGACAUCUCGCAGGCGCUCGAGGACGAGCCCGUCACCGAGGCGGAGCGUUCGCGCCUCGUCUACCUAAUCCUCACUAAGCCUACGGACGACGGCGGUGCAGGCAUCACGCCGGGCAAUGGCAGCUGGAAGUACGUGGAGAGCAUCUUUCCCCUGCACAACCACGCCUUCAACAAGGCCUGGAUACAGAAAUGGAGUCGCAAGUAUCUCCUGGACCAAAGCGACCUAGACGAGAUUCGCAACAAGUUUGGCGAGGAUGUGGCCUUUUACUUUGCCUUUACGCAGUCAUACUUCCGCUUCCUCAUCUUCCCCUCCGCGGUGGGCCUCACCGCCUGGCUGUUCUUUGGUCAGUUUUCCAAGGUAUAUGCGCUCCUGAGCUGCCUCUGGUCCGUCGUCUUCUUCGAGUACUGGAAGAAGAAGGAGCUAGAUCUUGCCAUCUCCUGGGGCGUCCGCGGCGUUUCCAACAUUCAGCGUCCUCGACCGGAGUUCGAGUGGGAGUAUGAGAAGGAGGACGCUGUGACGGGCGAAAAGGUCAAGGUCUACGACCCCAUGAAGAGGCUCAAGACGCAGCUGCUUCAAGUCCCUUUUGCACUGGCCUGCGUCACUGUCCUCGGUGGUCUGGUCGUGACCUGCAACUCUCUCGAGGUCUUCAUCAACGAGGUGUACACCGGUCCCGGCAAGCAGUUUCUGCCCUUCCUACCCACUGCCAUUCUGUGCACCAUGACGCCGCUCUUUUCCGGGGUAUUGAUGAAGGCGGCUGAGACUCUCACGACGUGGGAGAACUAUGAGAACGUAGACGCCUACAACGCGGCUCUCGUCCAGAAGCAGUUUGUCCUCAACUUCAUGACCUCCUACAUGGCCCUCCUCUUCACCACUUUUGUGUACAUCCCCUUUGGCCACAUCCUCGUACCCUUCCUCAACUUCUGGCAGGCUACCGCGGAGACCCUGACGUUCUCCGAAAAGCCCCUGCCGACAAAGACAUUUGAGAUCAACCCCGCCCGCAUCAGCAGUCAGAUGUUCUACUUCACCGUCACCGCGCAGAUUGUCAACUUUGCCACCGAGGUCGUGGUGCCCUACGUCAAGCGCCAGGCCGCCGACAAGGCAAAGGAGUUUCAGCAAAAGGACAAGCCCAAGGUGCAGGAUCACCCCGAGGAGGCGGAGUUCUUGCAGCGGGUACGCCACGAAUGUGAGCUCGAAACGUACGAUGUCAGCGGCGACUACCGCGAGAUGGUCAUCCAGUAUGGCUACCUGGCGCUCUUCUCCGUCGCCUGGCCCCUUGCCUCCACCUGUUUCCUCAUCAACAACUGGUUCGAGCUGCGCUCCGACGCCGUCAAGAUCGCCAUCAGCAGCCGACGACCCAUCCCCUGGCGCGCCGACUCUAUUGGCCCCUGGAUGACAGCCUUGGGCUUCCUCAGCUGGCUCGGCAGCGUCACCUCGUCCGCCAUUGUCUUCCUCUGCAGCGGCUCCCAGGAUGGCGCGCGCGGCACCACCUCGCACAUCACCCUUGCCGGCGCCCUGGGCAGCAUCAUGUUCGCGGAGCACUUUUAUUUUGUCGUCCAGCUGGUCGUGCGCCAUGUCAUGUCCAAGCUCGAGUCGCCCGGCGUGCAGCAGGAGCGCAAGGAGCGCUACAUGAUGAAGAAGCGUAUGCUCGAGGAGACGCUGGGGCAGACUGUCGAGGGAAAGGACGCUGUUCCCGGACUUCAAGGUGGUGAGGAGACUACCCGCGAGGCCUUGGAGGAGGAGGCGCGGAAACAGUCGAUACAUGGCCACGGGUCACCCGAGGAAGCGUAUGUUCUGCAUUUGCCUGUCUUUGCUACUGCGAAUACUAAUGGUUCCAGCUUCUGGCAGCGCCAGCGUGGCAUGAACGAGACGAUCACAAUGGGCCGCAGGAUGAUUGAGCAGUCGGUUGAGGAGAAGAGCAAGUCCCAGAAGCCAGCUCCCAGUCCCCAGGCCCAGAAGGAACUGUGAACCAAAUGAAUAGGCCUCUGACAGAUGGAGCAAGGAACUUGACUGCGAGUUGUCGGCAGCUAUUGGCAGCUGUGAAAGAGAAGAGGUGUGAGAUGGAAUAUCUUGACCUAGUGUCAUACUAGGUACGAAACUCAAAAGAAUGCAAUCACAAUUUAUCCUAUAUGCAUCU